GUCGUGCACAUCACAUAAAAAAAAAAAAUAAUAAUAAAAAAAAAAAACAAUUUCCUUAAAUAAUAUUUGAUUUGCCGGAGUCGAGAAAAUAUCCAGUAAAAAUGCGGCGGCACGCCUCCAAUCGCGGCGAGUCAUCGUCGAGGAGGGGCAGAAGAUCGUCCCAUGCCAAUGUGGCUCCGGCGGAGAGGGUCUCCCGCCCGUCGUCGUCGUCCAGCUGCGACAGCGAAAGCGACUCGGAGAGCUGCUACUCCAGUAGUGGGUCGAUGUCUUGCAGCACUUGCAGCACCUCGGUGACCUCGACCAGCGAUUCGGAUAGCGAGGUUGAGCGAAGAAGGCGACGACGUCGACGCUCACGCAAAAAGAAGACGUUGAAGAGAUCCAAAAACAAAUCGAAACAUCGUAGCCAUUCGCGAAGAUCCCGCAAGAAGGUCGCAUCAGCUGCCACUGACCCGGCCACGGUCCAGGCUACGUCCGCAAUGUCCGCAGUUGGGCCGAGCUCUGUGCCUGCUGUGGGGUCGACUUCAGCGCCAGCGUCGGCGACUCAGCCGGCUACUACCCCAAAGCUGGAUCCGAAAGCGAUGAAGGCUUGGUCGCCCACGCCGUACACCAAACGGCGCCGGAGUCGCAGCGACCGUUGCGCCCGCUUGACGCCGUCGGGCAACGAGUCGAAGAGCAAGAGCAAGAGCAAGCACUCGUCCAAGUCGCACGGGUCCAAGUCCAAGAAGUCGAAAUCAUCCUCGAAGAGCUCGCUGGACAAGCACAGGAGCAAGGAGCGCUUGGCCUCGUCAGCCACCACCAAGUCGAAGAAAAUCUUGCAGAAGGUAAGCGGGGAGCUAAAGCACAAGGAAAGAGACAAAUGCUGCUUGACGCCCUCGCCGCGUGGAUGCAAGGAGAGGCACGCUUCGAGCAAGGCCAAGCUGAGCGACGCGGUGAAGCACUCCGAGUCGAAGGACAAAGACAAAGACAAGCUGAAGCUGGAGUGCAAGACACAUGUGCGCAAGGAGGAGAAGAAGGAGGAGAAGAAGGAGCAGGUGAAGGUUGAGAAGCGGCCGUGCUCAGCUCUUCGGGAGAAGCGCCGCCAUGAGCCGUCGAGGGAGCGCAGUCACAAUACUGAGCUCCGCGACGCUCGUAGAAGUGAGCGUGAGUGCAGCCGCUCCAAGGACUGGCGCUCCAUGUCGCGACAAACGCCACGCCCUCGCGAAUACCGUGCGCCCUCCGAUCAGAGCUCUCGCUCUCGUGCCCGCCGCUCGCACUCGCGCCAGGCGACGCUGCCCCCAAGCUAUCGACGUUGCAGCGCGAAUCGUACGCCCAGUCCAUUCAGUUGGCACGAACGCGAUCUAAAGACCGUGCGCCUGCACAUCCGGGGACUGUCGCGCCAGGUGACCAAAACCAAUAUUAUUGAGAUUUUUGGCAGCUUUGGCCAGCUGACCAAUGUUGAUUUUCCCAUAGAUCAUUUCUAUCACAAUGGCUGCACGCCCGUCGGCCGCGGCUUCGCCUUUGUCGAAUACGUCCACCCCGAGGACUGCCAGCGCGCCCUGAACAGCAUGGACGGCAGCAGGAUCGACGGCCAACGCAUCAUCGUCUCUCCGUUCGAGAGGAGUAUGCUGCGUUUUCCCCUGCGUCGGCGAUACACUUCUCCACAGGAUGGACGAGACCGUUAUUAAAUUCCAAUUGUUGUACAACGCAUACAAGUUACACACACACACACACAGAAAGAGAGGGAAAUAUACCAGAGAGACAGAGAGAGAGAGAGAGAGAGAGAGAGAGAGAGAGACAGAGAGCAUGAGACAGACAGAUGGAGAGAGAGUGAGUGAGAGAGACAGAGGCAGAUACACGGGUAGUGAGAUACACAGGGAGAGGGAAGCAGAGAAAGAUGUAGACACACUGGGAGAGAGAUAUACUGAGAGAAGCACAGAGAGAGCGAGACAAAGUAAUGUAAUCCACUAAUAAAUGUUAAAAAAAAAAAAUUAUAUACAUAGAG